AUGUUUAACAAGAAGAAAAAGAAGCCUUUGAUUGAGAUAUCUGGACCAUCAGAUUUCCAACAUCGUGUGCAUACAGGUUUUGAUAAUGAACAAGGUGUAUUUGUGGGUUUACCUAGCCAGUGGGCAGGUAUUAUUGGAGUGGAGAAGGAGAGACCCCGUCCAAUUGUUGAUCCAUCCACUAUUACAGACUAUGAUAUAGAACCUUUAAAAACAAUUGUUCGCGGAAACUCUGAACUUUCCUUAUCUAUAGCAAGAUCAAAUUCAUUGAAACAAAGCAGUCCGCCACCGUAUGUUCGUAAAAAGUAUGGAGGAAAUUACCCAGCUGUGCCAGAAAAUGAUGUUUACCACGAUCAACGAAAUAAUCAUCAUCCACAUCAACAAUCAGCACAUCAAAGGGAGCCUCAUGGAAAUAAUCAUGGAUAUCCUUCAAGGGAAUAUGAUCCAAGAGAUCAUCAAUAUAGAGGAGAUAUGAGAAAUAACCAGGCUCCUUCUCCGGCUCCUAGAACGAAUCAACCACCGUAUCAGAACAUGCAGAAACCUGGAUAUGGCUAUAAUGACAGACAAGGUCCAGGCUCACCAACUCAUUCUAAUAAUUCAAUGCAGAUGGCCAAAUCUCCAGCUAAGCCUCCUGUCCCAGCAGAAAGUCGUCUUUCGCACGAGCAAUUUAGAGCAGCUUUACAAAUGGUUGUUACACCUGGAGAUCCUAGGAAUUUCCUCGAGAAUUUUGUCAAAAUUGGUGAAGGAUCAACAGGCAUUGUUUGUAUUGCUACAGAUAAAUCAAGAGGAAAUCAAGUGGCAGUGAAAAAGAUGGAUCUAAGAAGACAGCAGAGACGUGAAUUGUUAUUUAAUGAAGUGGUUGUUAUGAGAGACUAUCAUCAUCCCAACAUUGUGGAUAUGUAUAACAGUUUCCUUGUGAAUGAUGAAUUGUGGGUUGUAAUGGAGUUUAUGGAAGGUGGUGCUUUAACAGAUAUUGUAACGCAUAGUAAAAUGGAUGAGAUGCAGAUAGCUACUGUGUGUAAGGCAUGUCUGAAAGCACUGGCCUACCUUCACUCUCAUGGUGUUAUUCAUCGUGAUAUCAAAUCAGACUCUAUUUUAUUAUCACAUGAUGGAAAAGUGAAAUUAUCAGACUUUGGUUUCUGUGCACAAGUUACACCUGAGUUGAGGAAAAGGAAAUCUCUUGUAGGUACUCCAUAUUGGAUGGCUCCAGAAGUCAUUUCUCGGAUACCUUACGGGACUGAAGUGGAUAUCUGGUCUUUAGGUAUUAUGGUUGUAGAAAUGGUUGACAGUGAGCCACCAUUUUUCAAUGAACCUCCUCUUCAGGCCAUGAGAAGAAUUCGAGAUAUGCCGCCACCCAAAAUACGCAGUUCACAUAAAGUUUCACCAAGAUUACAAGGCUUCUUGGAUAGAAUGUUAGUCAGAGAUGCUUCCCAGAGAGCCUCAGCCCCAGAGUUGUUGAAUCACCCAUUUUUAAGGGAGGCAGGUCCACCUAGUUGCUUGGUUCCGCUUAUGCGAAGUUACAGAAACAGUCCAUGCUGA